AUGACGUUCGCAGCGGCACUGGUGUUGCUCGCGUGGUGUGCGGCGGCGCGUGGUGGCGACCCGGUGUUCGACCCGAGCACGCUGAUGCGGCUAGUGCUGGUGCCGGCGGACGCGGCCGUCGGCUCCGUCGUCUACCGCGUACGAGCUUCUGACCCGGACUUCGACUAUCCGCUACAUUUUGAACUUAUCGGACAAAUGGGUCGUCUAGAUAUCGGCAUCGAGUCACUUCCUUGCACGCGUUACAACUCAGUAUGCCAGGCCAACGUCAUAUUACUUCGGAGGCUGGAACCUGGCCGCUACGUCGACUUCAGACUGUCGGCUCGCAACACCCGAGGCAGGAGUGCCAGAAUCGCUUGCUCUAUUACUGGCACUAAUGCUACCACUCCUAGAGACACGAUAUUCCCCCAUCAGCCUGGUAUUAUAUUAGUACCUGAGGAUGCUAAACGUGGGACGGACCUCGAAAUAGUUAUUGCUAGAAAAAAUCCAUUGACGCCAAAACCACUGGAGUUGGAACUUUGGGGUUCUCCGCUCUUCGCAAUAAGGCAGCGUCGUGUGUCUACAGAGAACACAGAAGGCACGAUAUUCUUAGUCGGCCCAUUGGAUUUCGAGGCGCAGUCCAUGUAUCAUUUAACAUUAUUAGCUGUGGAUCCCUAUGUAGAACUGGGAAAAGAUACUCGAAAUAUUGCCGGUUUGGAAGUCGUUGUAGUAGUCCAAGAUGUUCAAGAUAUGCCUCCAGUGUUUACAUCGGCACCUCCUAUCACGCACUUGCCCCGUCAAGUGGCGCCCGGUGACAUGAUAGUGAAAGUUCGAGCUGAAGACGGGGAUAAGGGAGCGCCGCGACAGAUCAGAUAUGGCCUUGUAUCCGAAGGAAACCCGUUCACGCCGUUUUUUAACAUCAAUGAAACUACAGGUGAAGUGACUCUCGAGAGGCCGAUCGAAGAGAUAGCGGCAAUAUCGCAUGCAGGAGCUCCUAUACUUCUUACUGUGGUAGCUGAAGAGGUACGACUCUCUCGGGAAGAACCUGAAGCCAUGUCGUCGACUGUUCAAUUAGCUUUUAUACUACCUGAACGGGACAACUCACCGCCGUACUUUGAGAAUGAAUCAUACAUAAGUUAUUUGGAUGAAAAUGCUCCUCAAGGUACGGCGCUAGUAUUCAACGAUCCUUAUAUUCCCCAAGUGAAUGAUAACGAUGCUGGAAAAAAUGGUGUGUUCUCUCUCUCACUAAUUGGGAAUAAUGGUACUUUUGAAAUAUCACCAACAGUUGCGGAGAGGCAUGCGCAAUUUAUCAUCAAAGUUCGGGACAACACAAUGCUGGAUUUCGAGGCCCGCAAAUCAGUCAUUUUUCAGAUUUUGGCGCAAGAACUUGGUCCAGCAACGAACUUAUCAGCAGUUGCAAACGUAACUGUAUAUUUAAAUGACGUUAAUGAUAACCCUCCUGUAUUUUUAGCACUCUCAUACGAUGUAGAAUUACCAGAAAACGUAACAGCAGGUACGAGAGUUGUACAAGUUGCCGCCGAUGACGUAGAUACAGGCGAAUUUGGGAAAAUCCAGUUUACUGCCAUAUUAGGUUAUUUGAAUACGUCAUUAAACUUAGAUCCCAUGUCGGGAAUAAUUACUAUAGCGACCAAUAAUCAUGGCUUCGAUCGUGAAGCGAUGCCAGAUUUGCAUUUUUUAGUAGAGGCUAGAGACAAUGACGGUGUAGGUUUAAGAGUAACAGUGCCAUUAAUUAUUAAGUUAUUAGAUGUAAAUGAUAACCCACCAGAAUUUGAGAGGUCGUUGUAUGAAUUUGUACUAUCGUCAAGUUUAAAUAACUUCACAUCAGCAGCAUUUGUAAAGGCAGUUGAUAAAGACGCUGAGCCACCAAAUAAUAUAGUAAAAUACGAAAUUAUUGAAGGAAAUAGAGACGGAAAGUUUGCAAUUAAUGAAGAUACUGGUGAAUUAUAUUUAUUAGAAACUUUAAAAAGGACCAAGAAACAAAACGUUCAUAGAAAAAAGCGACAGUAUGAUGACAAACCAGAAAACGAAGUUUUUAUGUUAACCAUUAGAGCUUAUGAUCUUGGAAUACCAAGAUUAACCUCAAGCGCAACUGUAAAAAUUUAUCCUCCAGAAAGUAAAACACGGACUAUGUCUUUUAUAGUUCCUGGUUCUAAUCCAGAUAGAAAGAAAUUAGAAGAAAUUUUAAGUACAUUAUCUGGAGGAAAAGUUACUAUUGUAGAUGUAAAACCUUAUAAGGGUGAUGAUAAAGGAACACCAGAUCUUAGUGGCCAAGAGUCUAGUCAAGAAAAAAGCGUGGUCAUAGCUGUAGUACGGAUGGCUGGCAACUCCGCCAUCAACGUAGCAAAACUCCAGGAACAAUUAGCAAAAAACGUGACUGCUUACUCAACAGGCACAGUACACACACACAGUAAUGAGCACACGUCGACCACCGAAGAUAACUCGGGUGUAUACAAAGCAGAAAGCCGUUUAUUAUUUUGGCUUUUGAUCUUAUUAGCAAUAUUAAUAGCUCUAGUGCUACUUCUACUUAUUUGCUGCUGUAUAUGCGAGGGUUGCCCCUUAUAUAUGCCACCAAGGAAAAGAGUGAUACGUGUCAACUCCACAGAGGACGACGUGCAUUUAGUGGUACGCGACAAGGGAGUUGGGAGGGAAAACAAGUCGACGCAAAAUAUAGAAAAUAAGUCUAUACAAGCACCUGAAUGGAGAAGACGAGAAGCCUGGAGCGCAGAACAAACCGAUUUAAGAACAAAACCAACGCAAUGGAAAUUCAAUAAAAGGAACUACAGAGGAAAAGAACCAACUAAACCAGCUUCAACACCUGGUGACAUUCGGCAAGAAUUUGUUCAUGCUGCCACUGAUAAUGACUACAAAUAUGAUGACGCAAGACAAUCCAUUCGACAGAGAGAUGGUCCAAAUAUAAUCUAUACAAAAGAAAUGCAACUUCAGGAAGCUUUUACAAAUAAACACAAAGAAUAUAUUGAAGAUCUCGAAAACGGUUACGACAGAAUAGCAACUUUACACCACCAUCGCAAGGAACAAGACAACGAUUCUUUGCGAAGGCACGAAAUUGAGCGUGGCUCUGAAGUUGGAGGAUUCCUUAAGUCGGACAAUGAUAGAAACAUUCAUGAAAAAGAAGAAAAUAAAUCGAAGCGUGAAUUUGAUAAACAUGCCCAAUCCUCCUUAGGUAGAGAUCAAUAUUUUAUAAAAGAGGGUAAUACUGAAAUUCUAAGAUUAGUAACACGUGGUAAAAAUGAAGAGGAACGCUAUGUUAAUCUUCCCAUUCAUCAACAGCGACCUGUAACAUUAAUUCCUCACACUCAAUAUGUGGUUGUCGAUAGUGGUAAAGAAAUGCUGAUGGAAAGAUUUAUUCGAGAGCAAGGUGAAGAAGCGAGUAACAUGAGAGAAAAAAUGAAUAAAGUCACUGACCUCGAUGAUAUUUCCAAUGAUAAAGAUGGUAAAAGUAUUGGACAAAAAUCACAAGGUGCUGACAAUCAAAACCUUCACGCUUAUUCAAAUUUGCAACCAGAUGUCCCGGGGUUAGUUCCACAGAGAUCAGAUUACUUACAAACCGCUUUAUUAGAAAUGCAAAAUAAGUCAUCCAUUCAUCAAGAAUUAUUAGAAUCUUCUUUGCGAAAACAAAAUGAAUUACUUCAUCAAAUAUUAAUAGAAAGGGAAAGGUUGUUGCAAAAUCAAGAAACAGCAUCACAAGUAGAAAGCAAAUUGGAGACUCAAAGCUUACCUGGGCAUUCUGUUAUGGCUACUCAAACAGAAUGUCAUAUUGGCACUCAAACAGAACCGCACUUAUUAAAUGAAGUAAAAAGGAAAUCUAGAAGUGACAAUGACUCAUAUAGUGAAGACGAAUCUCAGCCAACAACAGAUCAAACCAAAAAAAGUGCCUGGAUAAAAAAGAAAAAACCUAAGAAAAAAAUUAAAUAUAGAGACCCUAGACGAAGUAUACGAGUUUAUGAACUAAAAAGAAAAAUAAAGACACCUAUAAUUGAAGAAAGUGACGUCUCUCCUUCCUUAGAAAGUGAAAAACAUGUUAAAAUUAGUAAAACUAAUGAAAGAGAAGAAAGGAUAAAACAUUAUGGAGACAUUACCAAAAGUACAGUUACUACUUCAAAGAAUGAAACUGUAAGUUCAACUCAAAUUAAAGCUGCAGAUGGUGAUAAGAAACCGAAAUUACGACGAGAAGUGUUAUUGGAAAUUUCGGAUUCACUUGAUGAAAAACUUGACUCUGAUAUAUAUAACAAUAGAUCAAGAAUAGAACAUGAUAUAACUCCUACAAGUGACGAAAUUACAAGACAGAAACUUAUUCAAGAACAUGAAAGUACCAAAAGUAUUCCGAGUGCUAGUAGUUCAGGUAGUAAAGACAAAAGAAAUUUAAUAUUUUCUCGCCAGGGAUCUUCAACCGAAGAACGGGAACAUGCUAUUGAAUCUAGCAAAAAAGUACUGAUUACUGAUAUGGACGAACAUGAAAGACUUGAUACUGCAAAAACAGGACAACUUAGUGGAAAAGAGGCGUCGUUGAGAAAGGAUGGAGAAAUUGAAUCUACAAAAUUAAGUGACUCUUCAAAACCAGUCCAAAAAAGCUUACCUAGAUAUAUGCAGUGGUAUAACAAGAAAUCAAAUGUAAGCUCGAAACCAACAGCAUCAGAUAAAAUUGCGCCGGAUAAACCUAAAAGACCCUCAAAAACAAAAAUAGAGCAAGAAAAAGAUUCUAAAGAAAAAGCUGGUCGAUAUGGUAAAAUAAUGAGCAAAGAAAGUCAGAAUCAAGUUGGAGAGGCAAAAAAAAACUACAAAGAAAAAGAAAGUGACUUUAUUCAUCCACGGCUAUUAAAAGAAGGCAGAGUUACACCUGUACCAGAGGGACCGCUACCCGAUGUUCAUCCAUUAUUACAGCACUCUGAGCAUAGAUAUGAACACCAGUAUGAAAAUCAAAACCCAUUAUGCUACAUUAAACCAACGCAUAUACCAAAAUAUCUAGGAGGUUCGACGAGUGCUCCUGUUCUACCUAGACGGCAAUCUUUAGAACAACAGCCCAUAUAUGUCAAUCAAAAUGAUAUAAAAAAAAAUGAUAAACAAGAUAUUUCGGAAAGUGCUUUAACGCAUAGUAUAUCAAUUUCAACUAAAUAUGAUAAUGAUAGAAAAUCUGCUGGAGAAGUGCAUGUUUCCAAGAUAAAUAUUGGGGGAGAUUCUACUGCAGAAAUAGCUCAGAGAGGUGUGACGUCAAAAAUUGAUGAUAAUGAUUCUGGUAUUGCCAUGAGCACGCUAGUUCAAAAAGCUGGUAAUAUAAAAAGAUUACCAAUAACAGAGAAAAAAAGCGUUUUUACUAUCGCUUAUGAUGAUGUCCAAACAAAACAACUGAGGCCUGACAGUAGUUCCACGUCUUAU